AUGGCUUCCUCAAGAUUUAAACUUCUCACCACUGAUGCAACAUUAACACUAAUUAAAAUCAGAUUUUCUGUUGGCCAUCAUUAUAACCGAGUGGCUAAGCAGUUUGGAAUUCAGUCAUACAAUGAAGCAUCACUAACAGAUGCAUUUUAUAUUCAGUAUGCACAAAUGAGUAGGGAGCAUCCAAAUUUUGGAUGUACAGAUGGGACACUGUCAACAAAAAACUGGUGGAAACUGGUCAUGCAAAGAAGUUUUAUGGACACUGCUAAGGAUUAUGAUGAAACUAAAAUGGAACCAGUGCUGGAAAAAUUAUACAAGGAAUUUUCAACUCCAAAUUGCUGGGAGCUAUUUCCAGAUGUAAAGGAUACCCUUCCUAAAUUAAAGAAAAAAGGUCUUCUUCUUGGAAUUGUGUCAAACAAUGAUGAAAGAUUACCUGAUCUUCUACAUACAGGUUUUGACAUUUUGAAAUAUUUCCCUGUUGUUGUUUUAUCUUCUGAGGUGCAGUCAGCAAAACCGAAUGCUGAAAUAUUCCAAAUAGCCAUGAAGAAAGCAGGGGUGAAGCCACAGCAAAGCGUACAUGUUGGUGAUAAUGUGGAUCUGGAUUACAAAGCUGCUAGAGAUGUUGGCAUGGCGGCAUAUUUGAUUGACAGGGAAGGAAAAUAUAAAAACUGUUCUCCCAAAGGAGUAGAUAAGCAUCAUAUCUUGAAAGACUUUGUUCAUUUGAAUCAAAUCUUGGCUUAA